AUGGGGCCCCCAGGGGCCCCCCAUGGGGGCCCCCCUAGGGGCCCCCUGGGGGGCCCCCUUGGGGGGCCCCCCCCAGGGGGGACCCUGGGGGGCCCCCCUUGCAGACCCCUUCCACCCACGGGGGGCCCCCCCCAGGGGGGACCCUGGGGGGCCCCCCUUGCAGACCCCUUCCACCCACACCCGCUGGUUAAGAGCAGCGGAGCUCGCCUGGGCGUGGGGGCCCCCUUAGCGGGCCCCCAGGGGGCAGCAGAAGCAGCAGCAGGUGCUGCUGCUACUUCUGCUGCAGCUGCUUCUGCUGCUGCUGCUCCUGCUGCUGCUGCUUCUGCUGCUGUUGCUGCUGCUGUUGUUGAGCUGCAAGAAAGAGUGGCUGGGGAGACGUGGAAACUGAUUGGCGGGAUGAAGGAUUUAUUGAGUGUGGGGUUUGGGGUCGAUACGCUGCUGCAGCAGCUGCUGCAGCAGCUGCAGCAGCAGCUGCAUCAGCUGCCUCUCUGCUCUCCUGCUGCUGUUGCUUCUCUUGGCUUAGUACUGGGUAGGGGCCCCUAUAGAAACCCCGCGGCAAUAGAGGCCCUCAUCGAUACCCUCACCAACAGGUAUGCGUUGCUGCCGUCUGCUUACUAUGAGCUGCUGGACUCGGAGUGGUCGCUCAUUGUAGCAGCAGCAGAGCAGCAGCUGCUGCUGCCUGCAGCAGCAGAGCAGCAGCUGCUGCUGCCUACAGCAGCAGCAGCAGCACCACCAGCUGAACCCGCAGCAGCAGCAGCAGCAGCAGCAGCAACAGCAGCAGCAGCAGCAGCAGGAACCCUUGGUUCUAAGGAGACAGAUGAUACCGUGGCGUAUGAAGAAGCAGCAGCAGUGAUGCAGCAAUCUGCUGCUGCAUCAGCAGCAGCACGCGUGCAGCUAGUAGCUUUUCACCUGCAGCAGCAGCAGCAGCAGCAGCAGCUGCAGCAGCAGCAGCAGCAGCAGCAGCAACUUGUGUGGUUAUCCUGCGGCUCUUUGCCUUUCACUUCAAUGCCCGAUCUGCUGCUGCUGCUUGUGGGGCUGGUGCGGCUGCGCUGCAGCAGCAGCAGGCUGCUGGAGCAGCUUAGCAGCAUCUUCAGCAGCAGCAGCAGCAGCAGCAGCAGCAGCAGCAGCAGCAUGCAGCAGCAGCUAGAAGCGGGGCAUCUCCCCACUCUCUUAGUUUGUCUCUCAAACGCCAGCUGGCGGUCUCUGCCCCCCCUGGAGGGUUUCUGUGCUGCUGUCGAUAGAUUGCUGCCCAAGCUGCUACCACACAUAUCCGACGCUGAGCUGCCCCCUCUACUGUGGGGCUACGCGUCUCUGCUGCACUGCCGGCAGCUGCUGGCAGCAGCAACAGCAGCAGCAGCAGCACCAGCAGCAGCAGCAGCAGCAACAGAACCAGGGGCAGAAGCAACAGCAGCAGCAGCAGCAACAGCAGCAGCAGCAGCAGCAACAGAACCAGGAGCAGAAGCAGCAGCAGCAGAAGCAACAGCAGUAACACCAGCAGCAGCAACGCCUGAGCCUGCUGCUGCUGCUGCUGCUGCUGCUGCUGCUAUUCCGCUGCCCCCCUCUUUCCUUGAGUUGCUGCUGCGGUUUGUGGGCAGCGCCAGGGCCCUAGAGAGCCAGCAUCACCAUCUGCUGCAGGUGAGCAGCAGCAGCAGCAGCAGCAGCAGCAACAGCAGCAGCAGCAGCAGCAGUAGCAGCAGCAGCAGCAGCACUAGCAGUGCACAGCAGAAACAGCAGCAACAGUUGCUGCUGCAGCAGCAGCAACAGGUACAUAUGCAGCAGCAACAACAGCAGCAGCAGCAGCAGCAGCAGCAACUGACAAAGACACCAGGCAGCAGAGGCACACAGAAGAAGAAAAGCAACAAAGAGAGAAGCAGCAGCAGCAGCUUCUUGCUGCAGCUGUGCUUACAGGUUCACAGCAGAAACAGCAGCAACAGUUGCUGCUGCAGCAGCAACAACAGGUACAUAUGCAGCAGCAACAACAGCAGCAGCAGCAGCAGCAGCAGCUGA